UGAAGAUGAAUGAAUGGAAAGGAUCAAGAGAACGUGGUUUUCUCUGAGGCCACCUUGCUUUUUAAUUUCCCAAACGCUUCCCUCUGCACAUUAAGCUGUUUGGAUGAAGUGUGUGUGUUGUGAUGCGUCUCCCCUCCAUUUCCACUGACACCAAUUUGGAUUUACCCUUUCGGAUCUGUGCGUUUCCAGGAUGGCUCGCUUCGCAGAAGAUCUACCCACCCGCUAUGGAGGAGGAGGCGCAGGCGGCGGAGGGAGAGGCGGACCUGGCGCUGGGAGAGGGGGAGCCCGGGGUGGUGGCGCUCCGGGUGGCCAGAGGGUUUACAAGCAGUCGAUGGCCCAGAGAGCGCGGACAAUGGCCAUUUACAACCCCAACCCGGUCAAACAAAACUGCCUCACUGUCAACCGCUCCCUCUUCAUCUUCCGCGAGGACAAUCUCAUCAGGAAGUAUGCAAAGCGAAUAACAGAGUGGCCUCCAUUUGAGUACAUGAUCCUAACUACAAUUAUCGCCAACUGCAUCGUCCUGGCCCUGGAGCAGCAUCUACCUGCCUAUGACAAGACGCCCAUGUCAGAACGCCUGGACGACACAGAGCCCUACUUUAUUGGAAUAUUCUGUUUCGAGGCUGCCAUUAAGAUCAUCGCCCUGGGCUUUGCGUUUCACAAAGGCUCCUACCUCCGCAACGGCUGGAAUGUAAUGGACUUCGUGGUCGUCCUCACCGGAAUCCUGGCCAAGGUGGGCUCAGACUUUGACCUGCGAACACUGCGUGCCGUGAGAGUGCUCAGACCCCUGAAACUUGUGUCAGGAAUCCCCAGUCUCCAGGUGGUCUUGAAGUCCAUAAUGAAAGCCAUGGUUCCUCUGCUGCAGAUCGGCUUGCUGCUUUUCUUUGCCAUCGUCAUGUUUGCCAUCAUCGGGGUGGAGUUUUACAUGGGCAAAUUCCACACCACCUGCUUCAAGAUAGAAACUGGUGAGAGAGCAGCUGACUGGCCUUGUGGUACUGAGCCCCCAGCCAGGUUGUGUCCCAAUGGGACCCUAUGCAGGGAGUACUGGACUGGACCUAACUUUGGCAUCACGAACUUCGACAACAUCCUUUUUGCAGUGCUCACAGUGUUCCAGUGCAUCACCAUGGAGGGCUGGGUGGAGAUCCUCUACAACACCAAUGAUGUAGCAGGAAACACCUGGAACUGGCUCUACUUCAUCCCCCUCAUCAUCAUCGGCUCCUUCUUCAUGCUCAACCUGGUGCUUGGUGUCCUUUCCGGAGAAUUUGCCAAAGAGAGAGAGCGUGUGGAGAAGAGGCAGGAGUUCCUGAAGCUCCGGAGGCAGCAGCAGAUCGAGCGAGAGCUCACCGGAUACUUGGAGUGGAUCUGCAAAGCAGAGGAGGUGUUGCUGGAAGAGGAGGAUGAGAUUGCAGAGGAGAAGUCCCCGCUGGACGGUGCGUGGUACAAGAGGAAACAAAACCUUCCAGUCCUGAAACGAAGCAAAGCCAAGAAAGGUAAAAACGACCUGAUUGGUGCUGAGGAGGGGGAGGAUCCUUUCGUGGACAUCUCCUCCGUUCCUCCUCCUGGCUCUCCGUUCGGUCGGGCCAGCGUGAAGAGCAGCGGGAAGAUGGACAGCUCCACUUACUUUCGACGUAAAGAGAAGAGGAUCCGGUUCUUCAUCCGCCGCAUGGUGAAAGCGCAGAGCUUCUACUGGAUCGUCCUGUGUCUGGUGGGCCUCAACACAAUGUGUGUGGCCAUAGUCCACUAUGACCAGCCUGACUGGCUUACCAGGGCCCUCUACACAGCAGAGUUUGUGUUCCUCGGUUUGUUUCUGACUGAGAUGAGCUUGAAGAUGUACGGCCUCGGAGCGAGGAAUUAUUUCCACUCCUCCUUCAACUGCUUUGAUUUUGGGGUGAUUGUGGGAAGUAUUUUCGAGGUGAUCUGGGACAUGAUUAAACCAGGAGCAUCAUUUGGUAUCAGUGUGUUGAGAGCUCUGCGACUGCUCAGGAUUUUCAAAGUCACCAAAUAUUGGAACUCUUUGAGGAACCUCGUGGUUUCCCUCCUCAAUUCCAUGAAGUCCAUCAUCAGCUUGCUCUUCCUCCUCUUCCUCUUCAUCGUGGUCUUUGCUCUGCUGGGCAUGCAGCUCUUCGGUGGACAGUUUAACUUUGAAGAGGAGACGCCAACAACAAACUUUGAUACCUUCCCAGCAGCCAUCCUCACUGUGUUCCAGAUUCUGACUGGCGAGGACUGGAACGCCGUCAUGUACCACGGGAUCGAGUCUCAAGGAGGAGUUCGCCGCGGCAUGUUCUCCUCCGUCUACUUCAUCGUCCUCACUCUUUUUGGAAACUACACCCUCCUGAAUGUCUUCUUGGCUAUCGCUGUCGAUAACCUCGCAAAUGCACAAGAGCUGACAAAGGAUGAAGAGGAGCAGGAGGAGGCAGCCAACAAGAAGCUCGCCCUGCAGAAGGCUUUAGAGGUGAAGGAAGUCAGCCCGAUGUCAGCUGCCAACAUCUCAAUCACUGCUUUUGUAAAGCAAAAUCGAGAUGCAAUCUCUCGCAGGUCGUCCAUCAACAGCAUUCAGUCACCUAAGGAGCAGCAGCGCUCAGCGAAGGCCAUGUCCGUGUGGGAGCAGAGGACCAACCAGCUGAGGAGACACAACAUGAGGACAAGCAGCGAGGCACUGUUCAACGAGCUGGACCCCGAGGAGCGCCUCCAGAUGUCCUCCGCCCUCCACCUCCAUCCUGACAUGAAGACUCACCUGGACCGACCUCUCGUGGUGGAGGCCAAGAACGGCGACAAACCCAGCAGGUCUUCUGAAGGAGGACGUGAGGAGGCGGGGGACGAUAACUUCCACUCGCACACCAGGAAGCAUCACCGGCACCGUGACAGGAACGGCGAGAGCAGGGACGGAGGUGAAGGCCGGGGAGGGAGGCACCACACCCAUCACAGCCGGAGCAGAGACCACAACACGGAUGGCGCCCAGGCGAAAGAGAGGAGGGGGGACAGCAGCCACAGCCGUGACGGAGGACACAGGCUCCAUCACCAGGCCGGCUCUCCUGAGGAGGACGCCAAUGACUUCAGAGGAGAAGAAAGGGGGCAUCGCCAUCAUCACUCCCAUCGUCCACCAAAGGAGGGAAACGGGAUGAUAGCAAAUGGAGCGCAGGGGGAACGCAGGGGGAAGGGAGGAGGAGGAGGAGGGGAUAGUAACGGAGAGAGGAAGGGACGCUGCUCCCGUAUGGUCCGAGCUCAGUCCACACUGGAUGGAGACGACUGUAAGAGAAACAAAAAUGGAACCAAGAGUCACAGGGAGAGGCAGCCAGAUGCUGAGGAGGACGGCCUCGCCUCCAGUCCGAUGCAGCCGAUGCGGAGUAGCCUGAGUCUUGGAGAGAAGCAAGAGGAUGCUGACAACCAGAAGAACUCCACCAGGGCCAGCCAGGCCGGCCUCAACAGCAACGCCAUCCACAUCCCUGUCACCAUCACCGCCCCGCCGGGAGAAACCACCAUCAUACCCAUGAACAACAUUGACUGCGACAACUUCCGACUCAGUGAGGAGAAGAAAGACCUGGAGGAGGAGGAAGCGGCUAAUGGGCCUCGGCAGAUCCUCCCCUACAGCUCCAUGUUCGUCUUCGGGCAAACAAACCCGGUGCGGCGGCUGUGUCACUACGUGGUUAACCUACGCUACUUUGAGAUGUGCAUCCUGAUGGUCAUUACCAUGAGCAGCAUCGCUCUGGCAGCCGAGGACCCUGUUCAAGCCAACGCACCGCGCAACAACGUUCUCAAGUAUCUGGACUAUGUCUUUACUGGCGUCUUCACUUUUGAGAUGGUCAUUAAGAUGAUCGACUUGGGACUGCUCCUCCAUCCCGGCUCCUAUUUUCGUGACCUGUGGAACAUUCUUGACUUCAUCGUGGUCAGCGGCGCUCUGGUGGCCUUUGCCUGCUCAGGGACGAAAGGCAAGGACAUCAACACCAUCAAGUCCCUGAGGGUCCUCCGAGUCCUGCGGCCACUUAAGACCAUUAAACGGCUACCCAAGCUGAAGGCGGUGUUCGACUGCGUUGUGAACUCUCUGAAGAACGUUCUUAACAUCCUCAUCGUUUACAUCCUCUUCAUGUUCAUCUUCGCCGUGAUUGCUGUGCAGCUCUUUAAGGGCAAAUUCUUCUACUGCACUGACGAGUCAAAGGGUCUGGAGAAAGACUGCAGGGGUCAGUUUCUGGACUACGACAGGGAUGACGUGGCGGCUCAGCCCAGAGAGUGGAAGAAGUACGAGUUUCACUACGACAACGUUCUCUGGGCGUUCCUAACGCUCUUCACUGUGUCUACCGGAGAGGGCUGGCCACUGGUCCUAAAGCACUCUGUGGACGCCACUUAUGAGGACCAGGGCCCGAGCCCCGGCUUCCGCAUGGAGACAUCCAUCUUCUAUGUGGUUUACUUCGUGGUGUUUCCCUUCUUCUUUGUCAACAUAUUUGUGGCUUUGAUCAUCAUCACCUUCCAGGAGCAGGGAGACAAGGCCAUGUCGGAGUGCAGCCUGGAGAAGAACGAGAGGGCUUGCAUUGAUUUUGCCAUCAACGCCAAGCCGCUGACGAGAUACAUGCCAGAGAACAAGCAGUCCUUCCAGUACAAGAUGUGGAAGUUUGUGGUGUCGCCUCCGUUCGAGUACGCCAUCAUGACUUUAAUCGCCCUCAACACAGUCGUGCUGAUGAUGAAGUUCUACGGCGCUCCAGAACUGUACGAGUCCAUGCUGAAAUACUUAAACAUCCUCUUCACAGCCCUCUUCACACUGGAGUGCAUCCUCAAGAUCAUUGCCUUCGGUCCACUGAACUACCUGAAAGCGGCCUGGAAUGUGUUUGACUUUGUGACCGUGCUGGGAAGCAUCACAGACAUCUUGGUCACAGAGAUCAAGACGGACAAGAUGAUAAACCUGAGUUUCCUGAGGCUGUUCAGAGCGGCACGUCUCAUCAAGCUGCUGCGGCAGGGUUACACCAUCCGCAUCCUGCUGUGGACCUUUGUUCAGUCCUUCAAGGCUCUGCCGUAUGUCUGCCUGCUCAUUGCCAUGCUGUUCUUCAUCUACGCCAUCAUUGGCAUGCAGGUAUUUGGAAACAUCGAGCUGAAUGAGGAAACGGCAAUAAAUCACCAUAACAACUUCCAGACCUUUCUCCAGGCUUUGACUCUCCUCUUCAGGAGUGCAACGGGCGAGGCGUGGCAUGAGAUCAUGUUAGCGUGUCUCAGUGAGCGGCCGUGUGAUAAGCUCUCAGGAACUGCCGGGAAGGAGUGUGGGAGUGACUUUGCCUACUUCUACUUUGUGUCCUUCAUCUUCCUCUGCUCCUUCCUGAUGUUGAACCUGUUUGUUGCUGUCAUCAUGGACAACUUUGAGUAUCUGACCAGGGACGCCUCCAUCCUGGGGCCUCAUCACCUUGAUGAGUUCAUCCGCGUAUGGGCAGAGUAUGACCCAGCAGCCUGCGGGAGGAUUUGCUAUCAGGAUAUGUACAAAUUGUUGCGUUUUAUCUCGCCUCCCCUGGGCCUGGGGAAGAAGUGCCCCAACAGGGUGGCUUAUAAGCGAUUGGUUAAGAUGAACAUGCCCAUUGCGGCUGACAAGACGGUGCAUUUCACCUCCACGCUGAUGGCCUUGAUCCGCACAGCCCUGGAGAUCAAACUGGCAUCUGGGGUCCUGGCGCAGCAUUUGUGCGACGCUGACCUGAAGAGGGAGAUAAACCGAGUCUGGCCCAGUCUCUCCCAGAAGACCGUCGACCUGCUGGUGACGCCACCGAAAUACAACGAGCUGACUGUGGGGAAAGUCUAUGCAGCUUUAAUGAUCUUUGACUACUAUAAGCAGAAUUGUGCCAAGAGACGACAAGAGCAGAACUCUACUGGAGGACCUCAGAGUAAACUCGGGGCGUUGUUCCGUCCCAUGCUGCCCCUCACUCAGAUACAAGAGGUAGAACCGCCGAUCUGCAGCCCCAAACAGCCCCUCCCACCCAAACCUGAGCCAGAAGCCAAACCAGAGAUGCUGCCCUCCACCAACAUCACCUUGGUUACCAGGGACGCAAUAUUAAACCAGAGGAGUGCCAUAAAACAUUCCCAGUCUGGAGAUGUUUCUCAGGCAGCACAACAGAGGCCCAAAAGCCGGAGGAAACUACAGAGAGGACAGUCAGAGGAUGUGCCAUAUUCCCCCAGACCUCAGGAGUUUGUUGAAAUGAAGCAGACGGAGAACAUUUCAGACACAGAGGCGUAUCCAAGCCUGGAGGGCCACUGCAGAGCGGCUUCUCUGCCCCGACUUAACGCUGAGUACUACCGGAGCCACCCUCGCCACGCCCCUGGGACCCACCUGGCACCAAUUGUGGACCUCAGUCCCAUUAGACGCUCAGCAUCCUCGCUGACGCCGCAGCGCCACCAGGAGGCCGGGCUGAGGGAGUACGACCUGGAACGGCCCAGUUUGGCCCAGUCAUCAGCAGGGGCGGGGCAAGUACAGGGCCAGGACAGAGCCCACCACCAUCACCACCACCACCGCUGCCACAGACGCAGGGACAAGGACAAAGACAAGAAGCAGAAGUCCCUGGAUAGAGCUGCGUCAGUGCAGCCGUCCAGCACUGUUGAUUCCUUCACCGACCCUUCAGCUGAAGGUUUGUCCAGAGAACGAGCCAGGGAGCGCGACCGCAGCCGGCCUCAUGAGAGGAGGCACCACUCGUCAGCAGGAGAGAAGCAGCGCUACUACUCCUGUGAGCGUUACGGCAGCAGGGAGCAGUGUCACACCAAGUCAGCCGGUCCCAGUCGAUCCACGUCUCCCGGAGAGGGACAGGACGCUGGUUUGCUCAAACAGCAUGGUAGCAGUGUGCUCAAAGCUGGCCCUGUAACGCUCCCCUCUGGCUCGAGCACUCCGGGCCGUGGUCGCAGGCAGCUCCCGCAGACGCCCCUCACCCCCCGUCCUGCCGUGGCCUACAAGACUGCCAACUCCUCGCCUCUCCCGUCUGCUGCCAGCACUGCUCCGACGGGGCAGCAGACUCGCUUCAGCCGUGGCCUUUCAGAGCACGACCGCUUACACUGGGCCCAGGACGAGUCCCCGAUACCGGUCACCCGCAUUGGUUCAGACUCUAAUUUAAACCGACAGGUUGCUUCUCAACAAGCUCUUCUCGAAGAGGACUUCAAGGAAACUGUAAGCAGCCACGGAGGGGGACGCCCUGCCCGAACCGUUGCCUCCACCACAGCAUCGGCUUCACACGGAAUUGCUGCUGCGCCCGUCACAGUGGCCACCACGCAGAGUCGGGCGGGGGUGGUGCCUAACGGGUACCACUUCACCUUAGGGGUCAACUCUGCAUCCGGGCCAGGGAGCCGAGGAACAGGAAGUCUCAGGGAGAGGGAAGAAGAAGACUGGUGCUAAUGUGGCGGAAAACUGUAAGCUGUGGACAAGAAGAUUAUUAGUGUUGUACAGCGCUCACAUCAGGUCCGAUGAGCUGAUAAGGAGCCAGAAGGACAGAGGAAAAAGCCAGUGGAAAGUGCUGUUAAAGGGGAUCAAAAAUCAUUCCAGCUUUGUAGUGUUACUCUCCUUUUUUAUACAAACUUUUAAAGGAAAAAAAGACACUAAUGACGUUUUUUUACCCCCUUUACUUGCACUGAAAUUAUAGCACCUGUGAAGACCCUUAAGUAUUUUGCCUUGGCCAGUAAAAUCAGUGAUGGAGCAGGAGACAAAAGCCAAAAUCUCCUCAUUCUUUGAGUGUGUUUCCGACUGAUCUGAAUGCCUCAUUCCUGGUGUUAAUAUGGCUGCUCACAACACUGUUUUUUUUUUAUUUUUGUAUGUUUCAUUUUGUUUAUGGUUGCCAUGUAGGAGAGAGAAGAAUUUUUAACUUUAUCAUAUUGAUGCUUCCACCAAAUUACUUUGGGGUUAUCACCAAAUUAGGAACCAUUUUAUGUUGGUCUUCUGCCAUUAGAAGAGACACAGUGAGUAAUGUGACAAAAACUAAACAUUGGGAAGGGUUAAAAUAGGACUAGAGCCCAGUUUUCGUGAUCACAUUUUUGAAAAUUGUACCAGAUGUAAAUUUUUUGAGUGCACAUAGGGACUCUUUUCUGUGGCUGAAUACUAAGUGCCUCGUUUUCCAAGAUGUAUAAGAUGCAGCCUGGUCAGAUGGACUUGAAUAUACAGUAGAGGGUUUAAGUAUGUACGUACACAGUUAAGUAAAAAGUGUUGAGAACAAAUCUGGUAUAAUAGACAGAAUGCAAAAAAAAAACUUUUUGUACUGAAUCUUGUGGUAGGUCAGUCCGAAUUACAGAUCCAAAGUAAGCAAUGUAGUGCAUGCCAGGGUCUUGAGCUUGUCAAAAAAAUAGUGUCUGUAUUUUUGCUUAAGGGUGUGUGGUAAGCAUUUGCCUUUCUCUUUCAAAUAUACUGCAGGCCAGUUGGUAGAAACGGUCUCUGAAUGGAGAAAAGUGCCAUUUUUUGAUUUCCGAUCUACAAAAUUUCUCAUAUUCAGAAACACUUGCCGCCUCAAACACACUCAUCUCUGCCAUAUUUGCCCAAAUUUCGUGGGUUUCUUAUCUUGUUCCUCUGAGAGCAGUAUUGUGUGAGGAUUUCUAGGAGAGGUUACCUGUUUGUGUACUCACAGGUACAAUAAAGAGUUGUGUUGUUGCUGCUGACUGUUGACUUAAAAUAGGGCUAUGCAACAAGACGACACUUCAUCUGCCCUGUAGCUUUACCCUCUGGAAUCUCCAGGUUCAGGCUUUAGUGUGACUGCGACCAAAUUUUACAUUAAUGUGUGAAGAGAUGUUAGAUGUAAAUGUAUAUUAUGAUGUACAGUUAACACACUGAGGCACAAAUGGUAUCAAAGCUGAUAUAUGUGAAUCACAGGGCAUUGUUGAGGUUGGCAAUUUGACUGCAUGAAGCCUACCCAGAUAGAACCACCCAAAUUAUAAAACUGCUCUUUCCAAACUUGGGUCAAGUUGUGUUUUUAAAUAAUUGUUUUAUACUUGCUUAAAAAAGCAGGCAAAAAUGAUUUAUAAAAUUGUUUCAGUGUGCGCCUUUCUGUCAUUAACAGAGGCUGAAAUAACAUUUUGUGUCGUUACUAGAGUUCCACAUGUGCCCAAAACAUCAGUGCCAUAAGAACUGAAGUUGUACUGCCAGAUUUGAGACCCCAGACCUGAAGCUAUAUUUUGAUUUAUCAAUUUCUGACAGUUGACCCACCAGGCACUAGACUCUUUCCCACCUCCCACUGGGCAUGACAUAUCUCCUUAAAGGAAAAGGCUGUUAAUAUCUUAAUAUUUUUGUUUUUUUUAUUGGCAACAAAUACCAUGUAAAAUACAGAAACCAAGACUGUGUUAGUCUGAAUCCCCAAUCCUGUCUCUGGCAUCCCUAAGCCUUUUGGUUCCAAGUGAAAACAUGGAUUUUUAAAAAAUUGAGUCACAAAUAUGUAAAUUUUAUGUCUUAGAAAAGCUCAGUGAUUCCCUUCCUGUUACUUAAACAGAAGUAAAUAGUGCAUUUUUACAAUGUGGAAUAGUACACAUUUGUUUUGUGUAGUGAGACUGUCUAAACAAACAAAUUAGACUGUUAAUGAUGUCUGUGGAACAGCUGAUUAUGACCCAUAUUCACAUUUAUUGUUAGGUUGCAGCCUUCAGUUGCAAAGUCAGUGCACAGAAAAGGUCAAGGUGGAUGAAUGGUUCAAACAAACACAG